AUGGCCGAGAAGAAGAGAAAGAGAAACGAGGACGGCGCCGAGCGGCCGAGUAAGAAGGCCGCGGUCGCGUCCCAGGGCAAUGUCAGAGUGGAGCUGCUGCAAGAGGAAGCGCUGGGCCCGCUGCUGGCUGCGACACCAGGCCUGAGGCUUCCUGCGCGCAUCAACUUCAAGCCGUAUCAGCACACCAAGAUCCUCCCCAAGACCUCCGUUACGACGCUCCUCCUCCAGUCGUCCGACCACGCCCGCCUCGACUACACCGCACAGCAGGAGCAGGACGGAAGCUCAGGGAGCCAGCUCAAGGACUACGUGGGUGUCUUCGACCCGGAGACGAAGAGGCUGCAGAUUGUGCCUGUCAAGAGGGUGACCGUGCGAAGCACUCUGCGUAGCGAGACACAGGAGCUGCAGGAAGAGCAGGCGCGACUGGAGGCAGCACAGGGGACAAUGACGGCCAAGAGACACGCACUCGCCGCAGAGUUUGGGUCCAAGAAGUCAAGGAAGAGGAUCGACGACAUCACCAUGAAUUCGAUCCGCAGCGGAGCGCCAGAAGCUGAGCAGAGGAAUGAGGGCGUAGCAGACAACGUCCUGGCGAACAUGGCUGACAACACCUCUGCCAUGCCCACAAAGGCCGAGCUUGCAGCCGCUCUCGACAGCUCCAAGCCUCGACCGACACCGAACGUCACAGCAGAGUUUCCCGGUGAUGUCUACACACUGGACGCCGUGGUUGGUAGCGAGCUCAUGGGCCUGAUACCUGUCAAGGACUGGAUGGACGCAUCGCAAGCUGGCGAGGGCGUUCAGGUAAAUAGCAAGUAUGUCGCCAAGCGCAUCCUCAAGCUCUGCAGGAACAAGCAAGUCCAGAAGCUCAAGGUCCUACGCUUCAUACUGCUCUGCGUCAACUUCAACGCUGCAUUGUCUGGGCAAGCUGGACGGUUCGCACGACGGAUACCGCCAAAGGGCAAGCUUGAGAGCUUGAUGAACGAGGAGGAGAACAUCCCGCUCGUCAAUGCCAUUAGGAGGAAGUUUGGCUCAGAGAACAACGAUAUGCCUCGCUGGAACAUCGACAACCUGAUGACCCACGUCGCGGCGGCUGCGCUCAUCGUAGACGACUUCGAGGUAGACGUCAACGACCUGCGAGAGGACCUCAAGAUUGAGAACAAGGAAAUCAAACAGUACUUCCACGAGCUAGGCUGCAGAGUCGGCCCACCUACACAGACCGAUAUGACGAAAUUCAAGUUGACCAAGGCCGAAGCGAACAACCACAACAUCGCGAAGCUGCGGCUGCCGUUGGCGUUCCCGAGGGUGAACAUCCCCACCAAGAAGAGAAGAUAA